AAAGAAAUCUCAUCUUAUUACUAUUAAUACAUCAAUUAACAAGUGGAUAAGUGAAGUCAGUGAUAUUUAAAUAGUACUAAUAAUUUGUUAUUUUUUUAGCAACAUAAUAAUUUUAUGCUUCUAACUGUCCUCUCGCAAAUUUCCAUUCCCAAAUCUGUUUUUUCUCCGACAUCACUCUUCCCUCGUGAUUCUCGCAUCUCUUCCGCAUGGCAAGAGGCGUAUCGCAAUCUCAAUCAUCAACGUCCGCUGCCACCACGCGACCGGGCGUGAUGGCUCCCCGUGGCUCCGCUGCCGCCACCGCCGGGAUGCGCCGUCGCCGUCUCGGAGCCGGUAGCAGCUCCGCUUCCGUCGGAAGCGGUUCCGGCACAGGAGGAAGCAACAUGCUGCGGUUCUACACCGACGACGCUCCCGGCCUCAAGAUCUCGCCGACGGUGGUGCUCGUGAUGAGCCUCUGCUUCAUCGGUUUCGUCACCGCUCUGCACGUGUUCGGCAAGCUCUACCGCUAUCGAUCCGGCGCCGGCGUAUGAUUCCACUACCAGGUCACAGAUCUGACGAUGACCGCUUCUUGAUCUGGAUCACGAAAUCCGGUUCUCGUCUCGGUUGUCUCAACUCAAUAAUUACAAGAACCUGAAUGUAUCACCGUGGUGACGCAUUUGAAUGUACCAAAGUAGUUAAGUUAGAUAAAUUAGCAGCAAGUAUUGCCUUUGUCUGUAUAUAAGGAAAAGGUAUAAGUCUGUGUAUAUUUGAACCAUGUAAAUUAUCAGUUUCCAGGUUCUUCUUAAGAUGUAUAUUUCUAA